AUGAAGACGGCCAGAUGGUGGUCGGCUGCAGUUUUACUGUUGGGGCUCGCUGCGCUCGGCGCCAACGGGAGACCCAACAAGGAGGGAUUCGGGUCACCGCCCUAUCGACCAGUCGUGAGAUUCCGACACAAGGAUGGGAUCCCUGAGAGCUUGAGAAUAAAAGGUUUUAUGGGACACAAUGGCUAUCCGGGCCCGUGCGAGCACAAGUACUGUGGCUUGGGUCGCCAUUGUGUGGUCAACUAUGAGACUGAUCAGGGGGAGUGCAAGUGUUUGGAUCACUGUAAACCGCACUACAAACCGGUGUGCGGUUCAGAUGGGAAGCUGUACCAGAACCAUUGCGAGCUCCACCGGGCGUCCUGUAUCAGAGGACACAGGAUUACCAUCAUGCACAGCGAGGAAUGCUUCUACAAAGAUGACAACUGCAGAUUGAGCGACUACCGCCGGCUGAAAACCAAGAUGCUGGAUUUGUAUGACAAGCGGUACAUGGGGUCAACCAUCCAUGGGACCCACAAAGACAACAUGGCAGCCAAGAAGCAGCUGGUUGAUAUGAUGUUCAAACGCUUUGAUGCAGAUAACAACGGUCAGAUAGAUGCCAGCGAAAUCUCACAGGUCAUCAAGCAAGAAGGUCUGUCCAAGGACGUCUCUGAGUGCACUCUGUUCGACCUGCUGAAGUACAACGACGUCAACGAUGAUGAACACCUGACCAGAGAGGAGUUCUACACAGCCUUUGAUGUGUACCUGCUCAACCUUCCGGAUGACCAGAAAGUCAGCGUCACAACGGUCACCGUGGGCCAGAGUGCUGUCUUGACUUGUGCUAUCACGGGGGAGCGGAGGCCUCCUAUACUGUGGAAGAGAAACCAUCAGUAUCUGAACUCCUUGAACCUGGAAGACAUCAACGAUUUUGGGGAUGAUGGCUCAUUGUACAUCACCAAGGUGACCACCACUCACAUGGGCAACUACACCUGUCAUGCUGAUGGAUACGAGAAACUGUUCCAGACCCACACUCUUCAAGUGAACGUUCCUCCCGUCAUCCGAGUUUACCCAGAGAGCCAAGCCAGAGAGCCCGGUGUCACUGCCAGCCUGCGCUGCCACGCUGAGGGCAUCCCCAGCCCACAGCUGGCCUGGCUCAAGAACGGCAUGGACAUCACCACCAAGCUGUCCAAACAGCUCACCCUGCAAGCUAAUGGAAGCGAGGUGCACAUCAGCAACGUGCACUUUGAAGACACCGGCGCCUACACCUGCAUCGCCAAAAACGAGGCCGGCGUGGACGAGGACAUCUCUUCGCUAUUUGUGGAGGACUCUGCGCGCAAAACUUGUCUCGGCAUUGGCAACAUGUUCUAUGUGUUCUAUGAGGACGGCAUUAAAGUCAUUCAGCCGGUGGCGUGUGAGAUACAGCGACACAUCAAGCCCAGUGAGAAGCUGCUGGCACUGCAGGAGGAGGUGUGCCCAACCUCACCAGGAGAGGCGGUUCAGAGGUGUGUGUGGUCAUCGGCGGUCAACGUCAAGGACAAGUUUAUUUAUGUGACACAGCCAACCUUGGAUCGAGUGCUCAUAGUUGACAUCCAGUCUCAGAAGGCCGUCCAGACGGUCAGCACCGACCCGUAUCCUGUGAAGCUCCACUAUGACAAAUCUCACGACCAGGUGUGGCUGCUCAGCUGGGGAGACAUGGAGAAGAACUUCCCGACCCUGCAGGUGAUCAAUCAGGCCAGUGGAAGAGUCUCCCACCACACCGUUCACACACAACCGGUCGGCCGGCGCUUCGACAGGGUGGACGACUUCUUCAUUCCCGCCUCCAGCCUCAUCAUUAACCACAUCAGAUUUGGUCUCAUCCUUCAUCGAAAUGAGCCUGUCCUCCACAAGAUCGACCUGGAGACUACGUCAUACGUGAAAAACAUCAGUUUACGGGAGUACAACUGCAUCCCUAAGUCUGUAGCCUACACCCAUCUCGGUGGCUACUACUUUGUUAACUGCAGGCCAGACUCCACCGGUGCCACGCAGCCCCAACUCAUCUUAGACAGCGUGACAGACAGCGUGAUUGGUCAAAACCGCGACGUCACCGGCACUCCCUACGUGUCUCCAGAUGGCCACUACUUGGUCACCGUCGACGAUGGUGACGGCCUGAUGAGGAUCCAGACGAUCUCAGAGCGGGGAGAGAUCCAGGAGCCCUUCGACAUCCACACCAACCUGCAUCUGUCCGACCUGGCCUUCCAGCGCUCCUUUACGGAGGUCCACCAGUACAACGUGUUCGGCAGCUCCGGCCGUCAAACUGACGCUCUGUUUGUGGAGCUGAGCACCGGCAAAGUCAAGAUGAUCAAGAGCUUGAAAGAGGCCACCAAGUCAUUCGAGUGGCCGUGGAGCAGUAGGAACAGGGUCAUGGCGGGCAGUGGAUUGUUUGGACAGUACCUCAUGACACCGUCCAGCGAGUCCCUCUUCAUCCUAGACGGACGGCUCAACAAGCUCAACUGCGAGAUCACUGACGUCCUGAAGGGCAACGUGGUGGUGUGGGUUGGGGAUUCUUAA